AUGAAUUUCUAUUUCUUUAUUUAAUGUGCAGUUGAGGCAGAAGCAAAGCUAGAGGAAAUAAGAAUACUUUUAGCAAGUUAGAAUAAUUUUGAACCUUUUACAAGUAUAAAAAUAAAAAUAAUAAAUUAGCAUACAAAAGAUUAGAUUAACCAAGAACUGGAGGAUUAAGACCUGAGAACAUUUUGGAAUUUUUAUAUGAUAAUGAAAUUUAAGUCACUUAAGAUCAACUUGAUUAUAUUUUCAGAGUUUUAGAUGAAGAUUCUGAUGGUUUAGUAACUUAUUAAGAGUAUUAUUUUCAUGUAAAUAAUUAGCUUCAAGAGUGCAAUAUUGCCUAAGUUAAAUGAUUAGAUUAAAGAUUAAGCUUUAAAUCAUAAGAGUUUUGAUCUUCCUGUAGAUAUGUAAUUACCAAAAGAAAUAGAAACAUAAUUAUCAUAAUUUUUUAUUUAGAUAAAAUAAAAUUAUUUGUAAAUUAUAUUAUUAUUUCUUAGAUAAUAUUAGUAAAUACAAGAAAAAAUUGAUUUGAAUUAAUUAGAUAUUUAUGAUAAUGAUAAUUAAAUUACAGUAGAUUCAUUGAAGAAUUGGUUAUAAUAAUAAGGGGAAGAUAUUAGUGAAGAAAUUCUAUAGAGUUUUGUUACUAUUAUUUAAGGAUAAUAAUAAUUAUUAUAAAAUUUAUUAGAUCAAAUUUAUACUGAAAAUUAGGAUGAUUAAGAGUAAUAAGGAGAAGAAAAUGUUGAUUAAGAAUAAUAAAAAGAAGAUUUAGAAUAAGAAUUAUAAGAAGAAAAUUAAGAAUAAAUUUAAUAAAAAGAUGAAGAUUAAGAUUAAGAUGUUAAUAAUACUUAGUAAAAUAAUCAAUAAGAACCAUUAUCAUCAUAAGAAAUAGAAGAAUAAUCUAAGGAUUACAAAUAUCUAAAUCAUGACUCUUAUAAUGAUAUAGAUUUAUAAAUUCAAUAAUUAAAGAAUAAAAUAAACAAAUUAGAAGUUGUUUUAGGAUAAAAGAAUACAUCACAUAUAGGAUCACUAUUAAAUAAUGAAUACAAUCGAGAGUUAUUAAACUUCUCAAGAAUUAGUUACCUUAGAAAAUUCAAUCCAUCUCCUCCAUAACAAAGAAAUGAUUUGAUAAGAUAAUAAUUAAAGAUAGAGGAAGAAAUUAAAAGAGAAGAAAUUAAAUAAAAAAUCAUAUUAACAUAAUUAAAUAAUUCAGGCAAUAUUAAUUAUUCUGGUUAUUAUUCAAAUAGAUAUUAAAAGUAUUCUAUUAUUAUUAUUAUAUUAGUUAAAUAUAUCAAAGUCCACUUAAUUAAUCAAAUUCAAAGUAUAUAUCUGAACUUUCUGGAAAUAAAGUAAGAUUAUUUAUAAAGUUUAUAGUUUAGUGGCAGUAAUAGAAAACAAUAUCCAACUUCUUUUUAGAAAUCAAUUAAUUUUAGCCAUAGAAAAUUUUGA